UUGGUUGAGGUUCAACAUUCUACUUGUCAAUCGAGGUGGUUGGAAACAUUUACAAACUUGCAUAUAUCCCUGGCCCUUGUUGAUUGAUCUACGAAACCCACACGGACAACUAUCACCGCAAAACCCCACACCCACCAAAAACACAUGGAUCGACCAGACGCAUACACGGAUUCACAUCCAACACCCAAAAGACCUAAACCCAAAAAAAAGGAGAAAUCCCUCGAUGCACGCGAAAAGGAUGAGCGAGAGGAAGAAGAUUUAGAACACCCCCUAACAAAAAAAGAACGAAAACAUAAAGAAUACCAAGAACGACUCGAAAGACUCAACCGAGACUUUUUACACAACAAAGAACGCAUCUUUCAAGAUAAACUCGGAACCUUCAAACAAGACAUCCAAACCCUCUCCCAAGGAACCCACCCAGAAUUCACAGACAUUCUCCGCGUAUUCGACCAAGAUCGACAACAAGCUGUUGAUUAUGCGGCUUUGUUUAGGGAUUACCAGUUGGAUUGUGCUAAUGUUAUUUAUCGGCAUGAACAUGAUUCGACUGUGUUGGAGUACAAGAAGGAGAAAGAAUCAUUGCGUGAGAAACUAUUGAGUAACCUUGAAGAAAAGAAACGGAAACUAAAAGAAGAUCGUGAGAAUUUUGAUAUGCAUACUGUUGUGGUAGACACCAUUGAAGAUCAACGCCUUGGAACCCGAAAAGCCACCCGCUCACACGCAGCUAAAACAGAUGAUAAAAAAGAAAAACGACGAAAAACGCAGGCGUUACCGGGGUUGGUCGUUUUGGCUUCGGAUGAUGUUGCGUUACAAGAUUUGAGUAUCAUUCGACGGGCGGGGUACGCAGCAGCCAAAAAAAGCCUAGUCCCCAAACCAGUACGAAAAUAAAAUUUACACAAAAACAAAAAUAUACAGUUUUCGAUUCUAAAAUGCUUUUAUGCACCUUUUUCGGCACUAAACACCGAUACACCCACACCGCCCACACAAGCACCCACCACCACCCUCCUUGGAUGAAAGGCCAAAGCCGUGACACCCCCCCACGCCCGUCCAGACGAUAAGAACCCAUCAUGAUGCCUCGUCAUGGCGAUGGAGCGGCCAGUAGCUGCCUCCCGUAUAUCGAGUUUGGUUUUUGUACCCCUGUAAAAUACUUUAGUCACACCCCCUAAAAUGUUUUCUUGAGCUUUCAAACUUACCAUCCAACA